CAGCAGUUUCAUGGGGCGUUGCCAUGGCAACGACUAGAGCGUCAACAUGUCCGCAGGGUCGUUACGUCGUGAUAAGAAAGAGCAACCAAAAGUAAAGGAUAAUACGCCUCAGACAAAGGACAAUGUCUUCCUCCAGUGGGACGCACUGCCACACCAACAAAUCCAGGAGCUGCUGAAGAAGACUGCGGAUGAAGUUGAGUCGGAAAUAAAGGAGAUUCUGGGCUUCAGGAACCAUCAGACUUCUAUGAAGGAAGCUGCUCUGCUGGAUUACUAUGUCUGUGGUUUCUGGUGGGCAAAAGAGGCCAGUUUCACUCCCAUGCAGACCUCCUUCACCAUGGCUGUACUGCGCAUGCUGCUGGAUAACAUACGAG